AUGAUGAAAAGAAAGCAACUGUGGGAUUAUUCAUUUCACCUUCUCUGGAUGAUGGAUGGAGAGGUAUUCACUGCCACUUUUGUGCCAUUUAGGAACAUGAUACCAAAUUCCAGCAUGACCCUGGAACAGAAAACAACAUUUGCCUUUGUGAUUUUAUUAUUUAUUUUCUUGGGAAUCCUGAUUGCUCGCUGCUUCCGAAUUCUCCUCAACCCCUACAGGAGUAUACCAACUUCAACCUGGGCUGAGGGACUUGAUGGACUGGAGAAAGGCCAGUUUGACUAUGCUCUUGCUUAGAGACUUAGAAGUAUGUAGGCUUAUUUAUCACUCUGAUAAAGAAAGAAAAAUCCAGGAAUGUCUCUAUUUUGUUUCUGGCUUGCAUUUUUUAAAUAUUGCAGGAGUUGCAACAUACA